AUGGUUCUAAUCAUAUCAUCAACAGCUUCAAAUACACCAUCAGCACGUCACAACACAUCGCCGCACUCAACAUCACAUCAAAAUUUCUCCAAAAACAUGCCAAUACAACAUUUCGUGCAAUCAUCCGAUCUGAGACCUCUUAAACCAUCAAACCACAGAUUAAUAAACAUGCAACAUAUGCAGCACAUACCACCUGCAACAAUGCACCAUGAAAAUUUUCAUCUACUAGAGCAUUUCGGCGGAGUACAACCUAAUUACUAUAAUUCACGAAAUGCAAAAGCUAAAAUUAUAAUGCCUCAACAUCAACAGUGGCGUAUGCCACUUAUGCCUGACAACCAUCAUCAUAAUUUCGACCGUUCUACGUUUAACAAUCAAAUACCACGUCCUCCACGGUUGACACGCACUCAGAGUGAGAAUCGAAGACAUUAUGUUGAACCCGACUCUGAGCAACCAAGACCAUUUAAUUUUCCGCUCGAAGGACCACAACCAUCGGAAUUUAAGAAGACAAAAAAAUCAAAGAAGAAAGAAAAUAAAGUAAAUAAUAUUCAAGAUAUUUUAAGACAGGAACCCUCAGGACCGCCGAAUGUCAAUCAAUAUCAAAUGCCUGUUGGGAUUCAUAUCUCAGGAUCAUUCAAGAAUCUUCAAAAUAGUGGGAUAUCCAAUGUUUUUAGGAGGUACAUUCAAUUGCAGCCACCGAUGACAGCUCCAAGUCAAGUCAACUACCAACGAGUUGCUUUUGAUCCUUUUUAUCCUUAUAAACCGAAAUCUUUGAAUGAUAUCAACUCACUCGCAAUGAAACAGUUGGGUUUGAAUCGGAAGAAGAAGAAGACUAAUAACACAGCUGUUCCAGGGUUGGUCUUUCAACCAAGUGGACAAAGACCUGUUGCAGCAGAUUAUUAUUUAGAAGCCCUACGAGUUAAUAACUCUUUGAACGGUCUAGGAGCUCAACGCAACUUAAAACACGAACCUUUUAGCCUCAAGCUUGAAGUUUAUCCCAUCCGGAGUGGAAAGAAAGCUCCCAUUGUACCUCUAACUGUAGCUCCAUUUUUGACAACAAUACCACCAGUCUCUCAGAAUUUUCAACCAUUCUACCCCCAACAAAUGGGAACAGCUUACGGCAUGCCAGCCGAAGCAAAUUAUUUCAACUACAUGAACAUGAACAAUCAACCACGUUAUAAAGGUAAACUAGCUCAUUCACCAAGUCUCUACUCAAGUGCUUAUCAGCGUGAUAAGUCUCCUUUGGAGUCAGAUGGACUGAAACAAGAUCAAGUUAAAAAAACUCGUGAGAAAAAACCCAAAUCCAGUGCAAAUCAAUUAAUGGUUCAUUUAAAUGUUUUCCCAAGUAAAAAAGAGAAUAAUAUUGCUCCACCGCCACCAUUGCCGCCAAAUCAUCUGUACGAUGUUAUUCAUGCUGAUGUUCAUGAACGGAGUUCUAAGGAUACGAUUGUGACUAAAAAUGAAACAACAGCUUAUACUGAUUGUGAUGUGGUUGGUGAUAAAUUAUUCGAGGAUGAUGUUGAUUCUUCUGAAUCUUAUGACUAUCAAAGAGGUAAAAGUCUUAAAGAUUCUCCAGUGAUUGUGGAAAAUUACAAUCAGGAUUUAAGAAUUGAACAUCAGAUGGAGUUGAGAUCAAAUGAUAGUAACAGUUCGUCUUCUGGAAAUAGAACUGACAAUAAUUCGGAAAAGUUUUCCACGUUUCGAUUUCCUGUUGAAAAUUUGUUACAAUUUCAAGCAAAUGAUGCUGUUAUUAAUAAUUGAUUUUUUAUUUUACUCGUACAUAUAUCCCAAUUUUAAUGAAUAUUAUUGUUACUAUUCAAAAAGAAGUU